AUAUAGGGGCCGCGACGCGGCGCGGAGAGCAAAAUGGCGGCCGCCACCGCCCCAAGCCCGCCCGCGCCGCAGCUGCUGCGGCUGCUGGAACUGGACCCCUACCUGGCCCCCUUCGAGCAGGACUUCCAGCGCAGGGGUCACAGCAGAAAUAAAAAUGGGCACUGAGUGAUGAUUGGUUUUGUGUUUGUGCUGUUGCGUAUUCCCAUGUAUUCCUUCUUUGACUACCUGGAAAAGAAGAUUAAUUCUACUCUGGCUUUCCUGCAAAACCUAGUAAACUGGGUGUAAACCCAGUCUUCAUCAGACACCUUAUAACUACGUUUCAGCAGAAGGUAUUCUCUGUUUUAUAAACGCUUGAAGAACAUUGAGGAAAAUGAAGGAGGCCUUGACAAAUUUUCAAAAAGUUACAAAACCUUUGGAGUUAACCAAUUUGUGGAUGGCGGAGUAUAUUGCAAAGAGUGGGCACCAGGAGCUGAAGCAGUGUUUCUCACAGGUGACUUCAAUGGCUGGAAUCCAUUUUCUCAUCCAUAUAAGAAAAUGGAGUAUGGGAAGUGGGAGUUGUUUAUCCCACCUGGACAAGAUGGUUACCCUCCUGUGCCCCAUGGAUCAAAGCUAAAGGUGGUGAUUCGCGCUCAAAAUGGUGAACUCCUCUAUCGUAUUUCACCUUGGGCAAGAUACGUAGUCCGUGAUGAAGACAAAGUGAAUUAUGAUUGGGUACACUGGAAUCCACCCCAGUCAUAUAUACGCAGGCAUCCUUCCCCCAAGAGACUGAAAAGCCUAAGAAUCUAUGAAUCUCAUGUGGGGAUUGCUUCCCCAGAAGGGAAAAUAGCUUCUUAUAAAAACUUCACAUACAAUGUACUACCUAGAAUAAAGGAUCUUGGCUAUAACUGUGUUCAGCUGAUGGCUAUUAUGGAACAUGCAUACUAUGCCAGUUUUGGUUAUCAGGUCACAAGCUUCUUUGCAGCAUCCAGCCGUUACGGAACUCCAGAUGAUCUGAAGGAAAUGAUUGAUGUGGCUCACUCAAUGGGCAUCACUGUUCUACUGGAUGUUGUGCACAGUCAUGCAUCAAAAAACUCUGAAGAUGGUCUCAACAAAUUUGAUGGUACAGAUUCAUGUUUCUUCCAUUCUGGUCCAAAAGGAACUCAUCAGCUCUGGGACAGCAGACUAUUUGACUACGCAAACUGGGAAGUUCUGAGGUUCCUUCUGUCUAAUUUGAGAAUGUGGUUAGAAGACUAUGGUUUUGAUGGCUUCCGAUUUGAUGGUGUUACAUCUAUGUUGUACCAUAAUCAUGGGAUUGGCACAGGAUUCAGUGGAGAUUACAAUGAAUAUUUUGGCCUACAUGUGGAUGAAGAUGCUUUGUGUUAUCUAAUGCUGGCCAACUGCAUGACCAAUUUAUUGCAUCCAGAAUGCAUAACUAUAGCAGAGGAUGUUUCUGGAAUGCCAGCUCUUUGUCGUCCUGUUGUAGAGGGAGGAGGGGGAUUUAAUUAUCGACUGGCCAUGGCUGUUCCAGAUAAGUGGAUACAGAUAAUUAAGGAGCUGAAGGAUGAAGACUGGAAUAUGGGCAAUAUUGUCUAUACAUUAACAAACAGGCGGUACCAAGAAAAAUAUAUUGCGUAUGCAGAGAGCCAUGACCAGGCACUUGUUGGUGAUAAGACAUUGGCAUUUCGAUUGAUGGACGCAGAGAUGUAUACAAACAUGAGUGUGCUCUCCCCUCUUACUCCAGUUAUUGAUCGUGGAAUACAGCUUCAUAAAAUGAUUCGUCUCAUUACUCAUGCACUUGGAGGAGACAGCUAUCUGAACUUCAUGGGUAAUGAAUUUGGGCAUCCAGAAUGGCUCGACUUUCCCAGAAAAGGGAAUAAUGAGAGCUACCACUAUGCCAGAAGACAGUUUAAUCUUGCUGAUGAUCAUCUUCUUCGCUAUAGAUUCCUAAAUGCAUUUGACAGAGAUAUGAAUAAAUUGGAGGAAAGAUUUGGUUGGCUUGCAUCUCCCCCGGCCUUUGUGAGUGAAAAGCAUGAAUCCAAUAAGGUCAUUGCAUUUGAGAGGGCAGGUCUCGUUUUUAUUUUCAACUUCCAUCCAUAUCAAAGUUAUGUGGACUACAGAGUGGGUGUUGAAACUCCAGGAAAGUAUAAAAUCCUUCUGGAUUCUGAUGCUCCAGAAUAUGGAGGACAUCAAAGACUGGACCACAGUACAGAAUACUUCUCUGAAGAAUAUCCUCACAAUUAUCGACAUAAAUCACUUAUGCAGUCCAAUUCACAGAGCAGCUUCAGUCAACACUCCAGAAGAUGCCACAAGCACCACAUAGAGGUGUACAUUCCCAGCAGAGUGGCUAUUGUGCUUCAGAAUAUGGAUAUCCUAAACUGAAGAUACGGAUAUUCUAUGAGUUGCUUCUCCAGUAAAGAAGAAAUGCUAAAAUACUGUACUAGUACAAAGUAUAACAAAACCUGCUCUAAGGAAGCUUUCUGAAACUAAAGAUAGUAGUAUUAGAUGUUUAAAAUACAGGCUUAAUAUUUACAUAUAAUUGCAGAGCUGUUAAGUUGCUAUAAACUAUUUUGAGGAAACUUUAUGAAAGAGAAAAAUAUCUUUGUAGCUCUGAGAUUGCAAAAUUACACUUAAGGCAUUGCAGAGCAGCUGGCAUUCUCAAAUUGUUGCUUACAGAGCUUUAUCAGGAAUGGUCCUGCUCUCUGAUAUUUACAAUUUCUUGUAAGCCUCUAUCAUUUUGAUGAAGAGUUUGAACGUUCAUUAUAUAUCAGUGCUGCUUAUUAAAAGCAAGUAGUUUGCAUAAAUAAAACAGAAGUUCUUGGCUAAAAAGCAACCUUAAAGGUUUGUGGGACCUCAUUUUGGGCUCCUCUUCUUCAGUGAAGUCCAACAUGUAAUUAAAAACAUUUAUCCAAAUGGAUGGGAGGAUCCUUUGAGAGUAUUGUACUCUGCUAUUUAUCAUUUUUGUAAAUUUCUAAUUAAAUAAAAAACAGUCAAAUGGGCAGGUUGAGUGACUCUGACCUGCUGAUGCUGUUGUAUACUGCUUAUUUGCUGCUGUUCAAAUCACAGUCUGUGCACCUUGGUUUCUACAGCUGAAAAAAAAGGCACUUGACUAUUUUCAAUAGGCCCCUAAGAUGCUCAGGAGGAGGAGCAUUUUGUUCUUACUACAGUGAUACCAUGUUAGGAGAUGUUCUCAAAUUUUAUUUUUUCCCUUUUUACUUAUCUCAAUAAUGUCAAGACCUUGUAAUACUGAUUUCAGCAUUUUCAGAAGCUGCCAUUCAGCUUGGAGCACAAUGUUCUUGCACUUUUAUGACUUUCAAAACAUCACUUACCAUGAAGAAGUAGUCUCAAAAUAUAGUAAUGAAACUAAGGCUUGGGGUUUUUUAUUUUUCCCCCCUAAGUUCAAGGUGGUUAAUUAUUGGCGUGCUGUUAAGAUUGUUCAAGUGAGUUCUUUAAUAAAACUAGGACUUUUUUGUAAAGAGUAAGAUUCUUUAUAGUUGAAGGUGUAUUACAGAGUAUUCUGUAGAGUUCAUACCAAAUUAAAGAGAAAUGCUUUAUUUUGUUCCACAUAUUUUAAAGCAUAUUUGAAUUGGUUCUAAAAUGAAUGAUUCUUGUGUUUUGUACAAGUCUGAGCUUUCUAACUUUAAAAAAGCCAAAGAGGAAGAUGUCCGUGACCAUUUCCAAGUCAUACUUUUACACAGUUUCUUCUGUGGGCCACUAUGUAGAUUAUUGAAUACUUGUGUCAACACUGAAAAUAUUUUCACAGUUCUUGGAAUGAUUGUACUUUAAUACAGUUUACUUUUAAGCAAAAUAGAAAGUAUAAUGGGAUAAUACAGCAUUGAAAGCAAUCUUUUGGGAGACUUCAUACUGAAAGGAGUUUAUGAACAUCCCCAGUCUGAAUUCUCUAUUGGAGUAGAGCACUAUAACACUGUUCAGUAUCAUGGUUCAUUUUCCCCUGUACCACUUUCAUCAUUGUUUGGCAGUGAGCGAAGAAAAGCAUUCCCAUAUGCUGAGACUUUGAAAGAAAUACACUGAACUGUUUUAACAACUGGAACUGAUUAUCAUUUUUGUCAAAUGAUAUUUUGUUUGUAGUGAAAUAAAAAGUGACAUAAUUAUAUCCUGUAUUUACAUUAUAUUGAUCUACUAAUAUAUUUUGUAGAUAACUGGCAGCAGUUCCAGGUUUCAAAAUGUAAUGUAAGGCAAUUGCACUUUCCAGGCUUUUUUUGCAAGGGAAGGAAUAAAUGUGUGAUUUGAAGUAUAAACUGUAUAAAAUUACAUGCAAAUAAACUCUGAGGAGGAUAAAACAUAAA